AUGUCCUCCAAGGUCUCGCCGCGGAUACAAGAAGUCCGCGACCUGGUGAAGCAGGAUCCCUCGAAAGCAGCGACCACUUAUCAGAAGAUCCUCUCCGAGGGCCCAGGAUCUACAGAAGCCUCUUCGAGAGACUAUGAACAGGCUUUGAUUGGGUUGGGUCAGCUGCACCGGGAUGCAAAGAAGCCCCAGGCUAUCGCGGAACUCAUCAAGACCAGCCGGGACACCUUUUCGUCAUUUGCCAAAGCUAAGACGGCCAAAUUAGUCCGACAACUCUUGGAUCUGAUUAGCGAAAUUCCCAAUACCCUCGAACUCCAAGGCAACGUCAUCCAAUCAUGCAUAGAAUGGGCCAUCUCCGAGCGAAGAUCAUUCCUUCGACAGAACCUCCAGGCACGUCUCGUUGCCAUCUAUAUGCAGAAGCAAUCCUACUACGAUGCUCUCACUCUGAUCAACUCCCUCCUUAAGGAACUCAAGCGCCUGGAUGAUAAGCUUAUGUUGGUGGAGGUACAAUUGCUUGAGUCGCGUGUUUACCAUGCCUUGGGCAACCAGUCCAAGGCCCGCGCCGCUCUCACAGCAGCGCGGACAUCAGCCGCAUCUGUUUACACGCCACCCAACCUCCAGGCCGGUUUGGAUAUGCAGAGUGGUAUGCUACAUGCCGAGGACAAGGACUUCACCACUUCAUACUCCUACUUCAUUGAGGCUCUUGAGGGAUAUAACUCGCUCGACGAGAAUGACCUGGCCACAGCAGCUCUGCAAUACAUGCUGCUCUGCAAGAUCAUGUUGAACCUGGUGGACGAUGUUACACAGCUGCUUGGCUCCAAACAAGCGCAAAAGUACGCCAGCCCACGCCUGGAGGCCAUCAAGGCCGUUGGACGCGCACACGCCAACCGGUCUCUGGAGGAGUACGAGAAGGCUCUGUCGGAUUACCGGUACGAGUUAGGCAGUGAUGUCUUCAUUCGGAACCAUCUCCGCCGCCUUUACGACGCCAUGUUGGAACAGAACUUGAUCAAGGUCAUUGAACCCUUCAGCCGGGUUGAGCUGGAACACAUUGCCAAGAUGGUGGGUCUGGACACACAGCAGGUUGAGCGCAAGCUGUCCCAGAUGAUCCUGGAUAAGGUUAUCAUUGGUGUGUUGGACCAGGGUUCUGGGUGUCUGAUUGUGUACGACGAGACCGAGCGUGACCAGGCUUACGAUGCUGCCUUGGAAACUAUCGAGAAGCUCGGCAACGUGGUGGAAGGCUUGUAUACUAACCAGGCAUCUCUUCUGGAGUAG